UGAUGUACAGUCCAAAGGUCUCCCAGAGUGGAUCUUGGAAGGUUGAGCUGCGCGCGUUACGACAAAACGUGCGCAGAUAUAACCAAAGAUUAAAUACGAAAAACCUCAGUUUUUACCUCAUAAACAUUUUGUAACCCCUUUUAAAGAAAACACUAUUUGAAAUGUUGUCUAAGAGAAGCUUGAGGGUUUUAAAAUGGGGGAGAUGUGAGGCGGCUUACGCGGCGGUGUACCCCAAGGUUCCUGACUGGGUUCUCAACUUUUCUCCGCUGCCUUCCCUUUCUUCUCCCCAUAGGGAUCUUUCUGCUUUCCCGGCGGCCCAAAGCGAGCAUCUACAGCAGAAGAUGUCUGAAAACGGAGCGAUACCCCGGCAGGGGAAAGUGCUGACUGUUGACACCAUGAACGCAAACGUGAAGAAAGUGGACUACGCGGUGCGGGGACCAAUCGUCCAGCGAGCGGUGCAGAUCGAGAAGGAACUCAAAGAGGGGGUCAAGAAGCCCUUCGAUGAGGUCAUUAAAGCAAAUAUCGGAGAUGCUCACGCUAUGGGACAACGGCCAAUCACCUUCUUCCGACAGGUGAUGGCGCUGUGUACUUAUCCACAGCUACUUGAUGACAACAAGUUUCCAGAGGAUGCCAAAAACAGAGCCAGGCGUAUUUUGCAAUCAUGUGGAGGGAAUAGCAUCGGUGCUUACACAACCAGUCAGGGCAUCGACUGUGUGCGGCAGGAUGUGGCCAAAUACAUCGAGCGGCGGGACGGCGGCAUCCCGUCUGAUCCGGACAACAUCUACCUCACCACAGGAGCCAGCGAUGGCAUCGUGACCAUUCUGAAGUUGCUGACCGCUGGAGAAGGUCCUUCACGCACUGGAGUGAUGAUCUCUAUCCCUCAGUAUCCUCUGUACUCUGCGUCUAUAGCAGAGCUGGGGGCCGUUCAGGUCAAUUAUUACCUGAAUGAGGAGAAGUGCUGGAGUCUGGACAUCAGUGAACUGCAGCGCUCUCUACAGGCGGCCAGAAAACACUGCAACCCACGAGUCCUGUGCAUCAUCAACCCCGGAAACCCCACCGGUCAAGUACAAAGCAGACAGUGUAUUGAAGAUGUAAUCCAAUUUGCAGCCAAAGAAAACCUCUUCCUAAUGGCUGAUGAGGUCUAUCAGGACAAUGUGUACGCCAAGGGCUGUGAGUUUCACUCCUUCAAGAAAGUGCUGUUUGAGAUGGGUCCAGAGUACUCCAAAAAAGUAGAGCUGGCAUCAUUUCACUCCACUUCCAAGUGCUACAUGGGAGAGUGUGGUUUUCGAGGCGGAUACAUGGAGGUCAUCAACAUGGAUUCGGAUGUGAAAGCUCAGCUCACUAAGCUGGUGUCGGUGCGCUUGUGUCCUCCUGCGCCAGGACAAGCCCUAAUGGAUCUGGUGGUCAACUCUCCUCAGCCUGGAGAACCAUCCUACCAGACCUUCAUGCAGGAGCGGACGGGCGUACUCAGUGCCUUGGCUGAAAAAGCCAAACUGACGGAGCAGAUUCUGAACACAGUGCCAGGCAUCAGCUGUAACCCAGUGCAGGGAGCCAUGUACUCUUUCCCCCGAAUCACCCUGCCUGAGCGCGCCAUCAGCGAAGCCAAGGCGAAGGGUCAGGCUCCAGACAUGUUCUACUGCAUGAAACUUCUAGAAGAGACCGGCAUCUGUCUCGUUCCUGGCAGUGGUUUCGGGCAAAGAGAAGGCACUUAUCAUUUCAGGAUGACCAUUCUUCCUCCAACUGACAAACUCAAGCUGAUGCUCAACAAACUGAAGGACUUUCAUCAGAGAUUCACCCAGCAGUAUUCCUGACCCCGAUAAUCUCGACUAGUUUAAGAUCUCCUGCCACCACCGACUGACCAAACGUGCCACAUUUCUCAAUGAUCGGUCAGAAUGUGGCCAAAUAAUCACUCGAGGCCUUGAUGGACACUAAUCUGCACAUUUGCCACUGGAUAAUUUUACGCCUUCUAGUUAAAGACGAAUGACUAUUAAGAUCCACCUUUUUCCGCAAACGACAACUUCCAGUUUGGGGAACUUUUGUGAAAAUAAACUGAAACAAAUCACUUUAGGUUAUAAUGUUACGCUAGAAAUGCUCGAUAUGCGUAGUUAAAAGUCAGAAUCAUGCUUUACAUUUAAUGUGACAUUAGUAUGUUCAAGAACUGGAAAAUGCUGAAUAUUGAGUUGUGGGCGGGGCUUUCUUAUUGUGCAUCAUUCCCUCAUAGCAAACUAACGGUAAGAGGGGCGUGGCUAAGAAUAUUGCCGUCAAACUGACAUCAUCAGAGAAGGACCGCCUCUCCAAACGCAGAAGCAAACUCUGAUUUGAUUGAAGAUUACCAAAACAAACUGUUAAAUGUUCGCCUAAAGAAUAACAAUGUUCGCUAGCAAAAUAAACACUGCAAAUUUUGAUUUCACGCAGACUUUAAGCAUAUUUGUGGUCAAAAAAUGCGCUUUUAAGUAUUGAUGUUUUGUUCCUCCGGGUAAUUUCUUAUUAUAUUCCCUCUACAGUACAGUAAUAUUCAAAAUAUUUCUGUAAUAUUGUGCAUAUUCACAAUCUUCUCAAAGUAAUUUGUUAAUUCUAAUAAUUUGAUGGAUGAACUGUGGGGGAAAUAAAGACAUCUAAUUGUAUACAUUUUUUUUAUAAUGCGAUUGUUUAUAGUUGACAAAACUACUCCCAUUAUUAAUGCAAAGCAUAAUGGAGUUUGGGAAAAAGGUGGAUAAAACUAUUGUUGUGGACUUGAUUUUAAAUACUGUGGAGAUUUAUAGCAAAUACUAUAGUAUUUAUGUACAACACUAUAGUAAAUUACUUGAAUUAAUCUGGUACAGUUGCUAUGGUAAUACAACAACUAUAUUAAUAUAGACAAAUUAGCCAAUUUGUUGCAUUAUUUUCAGACUAAGUUGUAUGCUACAGUAUUUAUUACAGUUAAUCAGUUCACUAUACCCACAUAGCAAAAUUUAUCUGGCCCACACAAUCAGCUUUUGCUUAGACCACAGUGAAUUACUGUAAAUGAUUGGACCAAGUCUGGCUUCCAUACAAGGGCCAAACAUGGACCAUAUCUGGGCCAAGUCUCAGCCAAGUUAAUAACCCAUAAUUGGGCCAGAUAUGUUGGUGUGUCAUGGUAGAAUUUUUGUCUUUACUCAAAAAUAAUUUAAAUGUAUUUUAAAAGUGGGUCAAUAGGCUGAACUUACGUGGCCCAAAUUUUUUACAUCUGGGCCAAAUACUACAUUUGAUAUGGCCCAAGUCUUAUAUGCCGCCUUAAAGAUGAUACCUCUGCCAAACCUGGGCCAUGUUUGGCCCACAUGCUGUAUGCUAGUGCCGGACAAAUGCCUGCCCAUAUAGCAAAAUCUCUCUGGCCCAGAUCUGGCCCACACAAUCAGCCCACAUGCCACAGUGAAUUAGGGUACAUGAUUGGACCAAGUCUGACUACUGUACAAAAGCCAAACAUGGACCAUAUCUGGGCCAAGUCUCAGCCAAGUUAAUAACCCAUAAAUGGGCCUGAACUGGGCCAGAUAUGUUGGUGUGUCACGACUGCAAUGAAUUUGAUAAACCCAUGCAUUCGAUUUAUGGCCGUGGUUUUUCUUGAAGCGACCUGAUUGGUCAUAUUUUUUCUUUACUCAAAAAUACUUUUAAUGUAAUUUAAAAGUGGGUCAAGAUAGGCCAACUUACGUGGCUCACAUAUAAUUUUUUAACAUCUGGUCCAAAGACUACAUUUGAUCUGGCCCAAGUCUUAUCUGCCGUCUUAAAGAUGCUGCCACCUCUGCCAAUCCCAGGCCAUGUUUGGCCCACAUGCAGUGCCAGACAAAUGUCUGCUGUGCCAGCUUUAUGCCAAAUCUGGACCAGAAGUCUUUGCUACCUGUGUGGUGUGUCAGCUUUUUGCCAAAUCUGGGCCAGAAUUCUUAGCCACCUGAGUAGUUAAUACUGCUGUAACUGCCAUAAAUACUACUAAUAAUAGGCUAUAUACUGUAUGAAGCAUAAAACAUCUUACUAUAGUACUUACUGUAAAUGACUAUAGUAUUUUUAUCAUGUGGUUCUUUCUGUACAUCUCAAAAUGUCUUGAUGUGUUGGGUAAAGUUAAGUUUUUAAAGUAAUACUACAAUUGAGUCACAAAGAAUUAUAUGUUAUCAACCUCUUUUAUAAACUAGGCUUAAAAUUGUAAUAUAUUACUGUUAAAAGUAUCGUUUCCCAGCAUUGUUUAUAUGACGUACGUCAGUGUGGUCGGCUACCAAAUGAAAACAAUGGGCAUUCACGUGACUUGAUUUCGCGCUGUUUUCCAUUCAGCGCUUUUUGGUUGUAAUUAUAAAAUACGAUACAACAUAAUUCCUGUAUGUGUGUGUAAAUAAGAGAUUGAUUAAAUGGCUUAUAUAAAACCAUGUAGUAGAUGAA